UUUUUUUUUAUUAUUGUUGUUCCUUUUUUAAAAUCUUCGCAAAGAAAUAAUGCCAACAGAAACCAAAAAACGUGUUUGCUACUUUUAUGACGCCAAUGUUGGUAAUUAUCAUUAUGGGCCAGGACAUCCAAUGCGACCUCAUCGUAUAAGAAUGUGUCAUGGAUUAGUUAUGAAUUAUGGACUUUAUAAAAAAAUGGAAAUAUAUAGAGCAAAGCCAGCAAACAAAUGGGAAAUGACUCAAUUUCAUUCAGAUGAAUACAUUGAUUUUUUAUCACGUGUGACACCUGAAAACAUGGAACAAUUUCAAAAAGAACAAGCAAAAUUUAAUGUUGGCGACGAUUCACCUAUAUUUGAGGGACUUUUUGAAUAUUGUGGAUUAAGUGCUGGUGGUUCAAUGGAGGGUGCGGCUAGAUUAAACCGUGGUUUAUGUGAUAUUGCUAUUAAUUGGGCUGGUGGACUUCAUCAUGCAAAAAAAUCAGAAGCAUCUGGAUUUUGUUAUGUCAAUGAUAUUGUAUUAGGAAUUUUAGAACUUUUACGUUAUUAUAAUCGCGUUUUAUAUAUUGAUAUUGAUGUACAUCAUGGAGAUGGAGUAGAGGAAGCGUUUUACACAACAGAUCGUGUCAUGACUUGUUCCUUUCAUAAAUAUGGUGAAUUCUUUCCAGGCACUGGUGAAUUGAAUGAUGUUGGAGCAUUAAGAGGAAAAUAUUAUAGUGUGAAUGUUCCUCUUAGAGAUGGAAUUGAUGAUGAAAGUUAUAGAUCCAUAUUUGAGCCUGUUGUUGAAAAAGUAAUGGAAUAUUACAGACCAGGUGCAAUUGUAUUGCAAUGCGGUGGUGAUUCUUUAAGUGGAGAUAAACUGGGUUGCUUCAAUCUUUCUAUGAAAGGACAUGCUAAUUGUGUUAGGUUUGUAAAGAAAUUCAAUUUACCUACUUUAGUGUUGGGUGGUGGUGGCUAUACAAUGAGAAAUGUUGCGAGAACAUGGGCUUAUGAAACAGGUGUCGUUGUUGGUCAAGAAAUUGGACCAGAUAUGCCUUAUAAUGAUUAUUAUGAAUAUUUUGGUCCUGAUUAUAAACUUGAUGUACGUCCUAGUAACAUGAAAAACAUGAAUACAGAAGACUAUCUUGAUAAAGUCAAAGCUCAAGUUUUUGAAAAUUUAUCUAGAACCCUUUUUGCUCCUAGUGUACAAAUGCAAGACGUUCCAUAUGAUCAUUAUAUGUCUGAAGAUGAAGAUGAGGAAAAUUUAGAUCAACGAUUCUCUCAAAGAUUAUGGGAUCAGCAUAUUACACCUGAUAACGAAUAUUAUGAUUCGGAUGAAGGAGAGACAAAUGGGAUAAAAUCGAGUAGUCGUAACCAAAGAAAUUAUAACGAAAAUAAACCCCAUCAACAGGAUAUUAAAAUGUCUUCUGAAGAAGAGGAACAGAUUGCUCAAACAUUACUUGAAACAGAAGCCAUCAUUAAAAAAGAAGAAAUAGGAAAUGGUAAUUUAGAUAGCCAAGUCCCGGAAAGAAUGGACGUUGAUCAUUCUCAAUCAAUCAAAGUAGAAGAUACAGAUAUGACAGAUAUCAAUGAAGCAAAUAUAACAACUGAACCAUCAUCACCUCAUGUAGAAACAUCUAAUUCUGCUGAACAACAAACAAAUGAAAAACUAGGCACAGAAAGUGAAGAAGAGGGUGAAGUGAAAUCACCAAAAGCAAGUUCACCACAACCUACUGAUAUACCAUCUUCUAAUCAAACGCCCAGUAUAGAGCCAGACAUUGAUCAAGACAAAGUAAACCAAUUCACUAAUGCUAUUGAAGGAGCUUUAGAAGAAGGUGAAAUUGAAGAGGGUGAAAUUGCUGAUUAGUUAACAUUAAUAAUAAUAAAAUACAUGUCUCUAAUUUUCGUUAGUUUUAAAGCAAUAAAUGAUAUUGUUUAAUAACAUCACAUCCUCAAGACCCCAAUAUAUGAAAGUACUUGACAUAAUUAAUAUAAACAUAUUUAUCAAGCUUUUUCUUUCUUUAUAAAUCAAAUCAUAACCCUAUCAUCUUUCUCCUCAAUAUCUAUUUUUGUUAUUCAGUAACAAAGUCUUAUUAAUAAACAAGAUAAUUGUUAA